UGUGCACGUUGGCGUACAAGAGCAGCCUCGUGCCAAUAGAGAGGCUCAGUCGAUGUGUCUCCAUGCUCUUCGAUGUUGUGCUGCGUUUCGAGGAGAGCCGCUUUAGAGGUAGAUCAAGGGCCACCAUAUGAUCACACCUGGUCGAAAAAUCAGCCUGUCUCGUUGGCAAAAGUAUUACAAAUCGAGCAAUCCCCUGAACCAGAUGUGCCGCCCAUCCUACUGCCGUGCGCUAUCUGCGCACGGACCUUUAUGCCGCAGUCGUUGGAGAAGCAUGUCAAGAUCUGCGAACGAUCGGUGAACAAGAGGAGGAAACCCUUCGACUCGGCUAAACAGAGGAUCAAGGGAACAGAGCUGGCGGAGUUUUUGCCUAGACAGGAGAAGAAACGACACUCGCCGGACAACAAAUUCUCCAAGUCCAGGUCCGCUUGGAAGCAGACGCACGAUGACUUUUUACGGGCUAUCAGAGCUGCUCGCAGCGAAGUCGUGGAGGAGUACACGGUGCAGAAGCACGGCGGCACAACGGUCACAUCAAAUGCGCCGACGCGUGCGAAUGAACAGGGCACAUGUCCAACUUGCAAUCGACAUUUCGGCGUCAAGGCUUACGACAGACACGUGGCCUGGUGCAAGGAGAGGAUCACGCAUGUCUCGCUCAGUCCAGCGGCGAAUAUCGCGAAGGAACGCCUCGAGGCACGGAUGAAGUAUCGUGCACCAGCGGUGAAGAAUCGUCGUCAAAUGACCCGCGAGAAAUAUUCACCCGGUUCGGCGAUCACACUUAAUUCCGGCAACAAAACGUCGCCAAAAUUGGUUAAGGCCAAAGAAAGUGUCUCUGCGCCGAAUUGCAACAAGAGCAACGACAGUCCUGUUAAACAGAAAUCAACUGUCGCCAGACGUUCCGGACAAAUGAAAGAGUCCUCCCAUCCCCCAGCUUCGGUGAAGCUCCGACCAGUGGAACGUGCAAACAGCGGCAAGGAUUACGAUCCUUUCUUACUGGCGGAGCAGCAAAUGAACGAACAAAACGAACAUCCUUGA